CGCAUAUGCGCUGGCCUGAUGCUGUUUUUUUGAGAGCUUGAGAAAAGAGAGUGAAACUCCAAGGCUUCAGGUGAAGAGAAGAUUUUAGCCUAAAUAGGCACAUGAGUUUGCAGGCGUGUCCUCCUCCUGACAUGAGAUCUUGCCUGGCCCCUGGUUGCCCCUCCUGCAGUUGAUGACUCUGCAGCCGGUGUGGAGAUGACGGACAGUGUCAGAGCGUUUGUCCGCAAUGUUGCGACGGGAAUCAAGGACUCCAUCCUGGGCAUUGGAACCAUCUCCAAGCUCGAUGCUCGAAUUCAGCAGAAGAGGGAGGAGCAGAGGAGGCGCAGAACGAGUGGGGCCCUGGCGAUGAGACGGGCUCAGAGCGAGGAACGGAAACAGGACUGUGAACCAAAACUAGCAAGUCGAAUUUUUCAGUGCUGUGCCUGGAAUGGAGGCGUAUUUUGGCUAAGUCUGUUCCUGUUUUAUCGGGUGUUUAUUCCACUGCUGCAGUCCCUCACUGCUAGAAUCAUAGGUGACCCUUCGCUACAUGGUAAUCUGUGGUCCUGGCUGGAGUUCAUUCUGACAUCUGUGUUCAGUGCUCUCUGGGUUCUGCCUCUCUUUGUGCUUAGCAAGAUAGUCAAUGCCAUUUGGUUCCAGGACAUUGCUGAUCUGGCAUUUGAAGUGUCCGGACGUAAAGCUCAGCCUUUUCCCAGUGUCAGCAAGAUCAUUGCAGACAUGCUGUUCAAUCUUUUGCUCCAGGCCCUCUUCCUCAUCCAGGUAGAAGAUCGCUGA